CCUGGAGGAGUCGGACCCUGAAGACGCUGCGCGGAGGCGGGUCUCCCGCUGGCUCCACCCACAGUCUCCGGGGGCCAUUCAGGUUCUCCAGGGCUCGUUUUCAGCAGAAGCAGUCAUGGACCCUGCACUGGGCUCUGUGACCUUCGAGGACGUGGCUGUGUACUUUUCCCAGGAGGAAUGGAGACUUCUCGAUGAAGCCCAGAGAUGCCUAUACCGUGAUGUAAUGCUGGAGGUCUGUGCACUUGUUGCAUCGUUGGGUUGGAAUGAAGCAGAGGAUGAAGAUGCAACAUUUGAGCAGAAUGUUCCUGAAAUGUCACAGCAAAAUACUCCAAAGGCAGAUUUGUACACCCAGGAGGCUGAUCCCUGGGAGAUGUGUGGCCUGGCCCUAGAAGGUGAUUCACACCUAACUGACAACCUGGGAAAAACCCCUGAGCAGGAACUGUCUGGGACCUCUGGGAAAUGUCACCAGAUCCAGCACAGUAGUGAGAAACUUUUCAGAAGGCAGACAGACAAGGACUCUUGUAUGAAGAGCUGCAUAGUCCACACCUCAGAGAAACCAUUCAUGUGCUGGGAGGCUGGGAAGGGCUCCCCCACUAACUCAGGCCUUCACCAGCUCUCUCAGAGCAAGUGUGCAGAGGCCUAUCACACUGGAAAAAAACACUACACAUGCAGUGACUGUGGGAAAGCCUUCUGCCGAAAAUACAGACUUGCUCAGCACCAGAGAGUCCACACCGGAGAGAGGCCCUACGAGUGCAGCGAAUGUGGGAAAGCCUUCAGCUACAAACACAUACUUGUUCAGCAUCAGCGAAUCCAUACUGGAGAAAGGCCUUACAAGUGCAGUGAGUGUGGGAAAACCUUUAGCAACAAACCUACACUUGUCCGGCACCAGCGAAUUCACACAGGAGAACGGCCAUAUAAGUGCAGCGAUUGUGGGAAAUUUUUUAGCCAAAGCUCCAGCCUUAGUGAGCAUCAGAGAAUUCACACUGGAUCACGACCUUAUAAAUGCAGUGAAUGUGGAAAAUUCUUUACCUCCAACUCCAACCUGAUAAAACACCAGAGAGUUCACACAGGAACAAGGCCUUACGAGUGCAGUGAAUGUGGGAAAUUUUUUAACCAGAGCCCCAGCCUCAUUAAACAUCAGAGAAUUCACACAGGUGAAAGGCCCUAUGAGUGUAUUGAGUGUGGUAAGUUGUUCAGCCAAAGCUCUACUCUCAUUAAGCACCAGAGAGUUCACACAGGAGCAAGGCCUUACAAGUGUAGGGACUGUGGGAAGCAUUUUAGUCAAAGCUUUGGCCUCACUCAGCACCAGAGACUUCACAUGGGAGAAAGAACCUACAAGUGCAGUGAAUGCGGAGAAUUCUUUAGUCAAAGCACCCAACUUUUCCAGCACCGUCAAGUUCACAUCAGAGAUGGGCCUAAGGAGUGCAGCAAAUGUGGAAAGGUCUUCAUUCAAGGAUCUGGUCUGGACGACCACCAGAAACUUCACGUCCCAGACAGACCUUUUGACAGCUGCAAAUGUGGGAAAGCCUUCAGCCAGAGGUCUAACUUACAUCAGAAAAUUCACAGUGGAGAAAGGCCUCAGCAUGAGAUGGAAUAGCAGGGAAUUUUUUAAGAGACAGAAGGGAGAGAAAUGAUCAGUUGUCUCAACUGGGAAUUGAACUGAUAACCCUUCAACAUGGGACUGUGGUCAACCAACUGAGCCACACCAGCCACGCUAUUUACUAUACUUUUAAGGCUUAUUGCCUGAGGAGAAACUUUGCCCAAGAUAUUGCUGUUAUUGGAGACACUGAGAAGACAUUGAUGCAAUUCUGGAAGGAUUACAACAUCUUUGAGUGUAUCUAGAACUUUACUUGGGCUUGGGAUGAUGUCACCAAGGAGUAUAUGAAUGGCAUCUGGAAGAGACACUUAAGAGGUUCCUCUGUGACUCCAAAGGCUUUGCUAAGGAUGAGGAGGUUGCAGAAAUAAACAGGGCUGUGGGCUAAGGAUGAGGAGGUUGCAGAAAUAAACAGGGCUGUGGUUGAGAUGGCAAACUUUAACCAGGGUGUGGAUGAAGAUGACUGACAUUGGGGAGCUCCUAGAUAUGGUUCCUGAGGAAUCAAAUGCUGAGGAGUUGGGGGAGCUCCUAGAUGUGGUUCCUGAGGAAUCAAAUGAUGAGGAGUUGG